CCGUCACAUCAAUUAUUAUUCGUCAACGGAAGUCAGUCAACACGACGUGUUAUUUCUUUGAGAAAAGCCUAUAAAUCGGCUUAUUUCUGAUUUCCGAUAGUGAUUUUAUGUGAAUAAUUGCAAAAAUGGCUAAAUUGGUCGAUAUCUAUAAUAGCGAAAAGGAGCCCGUCAUGAAGAGGCGGCAAUUACCGCUAAACAUCUACGAAAAUCUUACCAUGAUUAUGGAUUUGAACACAAUGGGGCUCAUUUGUGAUAAUCCGCAAGUGAAAGGUCGCGAGUACGACGACUUUGCUCGCAAAUAUCGCAUCCUAAGCGCGGACGAGCUGAAGGCUGCAUUGAGAGUUGAUGCCUCUGAUAUCUUUAAUGUAUUAAAUCAAAGCAUUCCUUGUGUUGGCUGUCGGAGAAGUGUGGAGCGCCUAUUUUACCAGUUAUGUAAAUCAGGACAUCCCACGUUGGACCCUCUAGUAUUAUCUCCAGAUGAAGUAAUGACAAUAAGAGAAGACAAAAUCACACAUCCGCAGUCUCUGGCAUCACUGUUAAAUGGACACAGCACCGGCAUAGAAUGCCUGAUCCUCAGCCAGCCGCGGUGGAAGAAGUCUCAGCGUUGCCCCCUGCACUCCCUCGAGGCGGGCGGCGCGCGCGGCUGGGGCUGCGGCUGGGGCGCGUGGGGCGGGCGGGCGGCGUGGCGCGCGGCGUGGGACGCCAUGCGAGCCCCCGCCAGGGACCACGUCACGCUGGUCCACUUUAAUACGCUACACGAUACGCUGCACAACUACUUGAGGAAACAUCGCUUCUGCGCCGAUUGUAAAACUAAGGUCCUCCGCGCCUACCAACUGCUCGUCGAAGACAAAGAGCCGCAAAAAGAGAAAGGCUACGUCGGCGCUCUCUACGGGGGCAUCAAGCGCUGCCUGCCGGAGCAGCACCUGCACCUGCAGGGCAGCUCGGAGUACGUGGCGCAGCUGCUGGCGCGCGCCGAGCCCGAGCUGCUCGGCGGCCACCGCGAGCGGCACGCGAAGACCAUCGAGAUCGCGCAGGAGGAGGUGCUAAUAUGCCUCGGCAUCUGCAUCUACGAGCGUCUCCAGCGCAUCUCCCUCCGCCUUCGCGAGGAAGAAGGCACGUGCCAAACACUAGCCGCGGUCGGAGUAGAGGCCCUCUACCGCAAGUUUGAAACCGCGGUCGAACUCAAGAGUGGGGUCUCCAAGCUUCAGUUGUUGUAUGAUGAGAUUACUCAGGAAGAGCUGACGCGGCAGCAGAGGAAGGAGCAGAAGAAACUGAAGAGGCGCAAGAAGAAAGAGAGGCUGGCGGUUGAGAGCAAGUGCAAGGAAGGCGACUCCGAAGAGCCAGAAGAGAAGUGCGAGUGUGAAGAAUGCCUCCUCGAAGAGCGCGACACUCCCACCGACCUACUCUCAGCCGGGUGCUGCGAGUUCCCGGGCGACUGUAGUGGUUGUAGCGAGCCCAAGAAGAAGGGCAAGAAGCAGGAGCGGUCUGAGCAUACGCUGGAUUGCGGGUACUCUUCAGGCAACACGGGCGGGUGCUGCGAGCUGUCCGGCUCGUCGCUGGGCAGCUCGCCCGAGGGCUCGGAGGUGGCGUGCUCGGACGGGUUCUGCAACCACGAGCCGCCCGCCCGGCGCGCCUGCCCCGCCUUCACGCUGUCGUUGCAGGAGAUGCUGCUCGAUAUAUCAUCAUCGGACGAGGAACACGAUACAAGUUACAUACCAAUAGAGGAAGUAAUGGAAUUCAAAGCGCGCAGGAACAUAACAGAGAAAAGACAGGAACUCCGACAGAACCUGCGCCAGAAGUUUGAGAAACUGUGCGUCACGCCGGCGGCCAAGCCAGUGGCGCCCCCUACCCAAGCCAAGUAACCACGCGGGGCAGUUGCUGCUAUUGCUAAAAUAAUAAUAGUCAUUCUACUCCUUAGACCGAACAGAAAAAAUAAAAUCAUGGUUUACUUAUCCGUAUACAUAUUGCGAAACAAUCGAAAUCAUUUUAAAAUAUUAUAUACUGAAAAUAUAUAGAUUUCAAUUCCAUAUACGAGAAUGAAAUGCAUGCUCUUGAAUAAGUUUCUCAAUUACCUACAUAUAUCACGUGGUGACUGUUUGAUUUUAACGAUAGCAAUAUAAACUCUUGCACUCGAUAGAAUCUUCCAUUUAGAUAAUAUAUAGGGAAGUUUUAUUUUGUUGUGUGGGGAUUUCGUUGGCCUUAUUUUAUGUGAAAUGUCUAUCAGCUAGCCUGAGUGAGUUGUACUCAUGCUUGGAAGCUUCUAGAGUAGACGGCUUCGUAUGUUCAUUGAACUUAUUAUACAAACUGUCUACAUAAAGAAAAAUAUUCUUAAGGCAAUAAGUAAUUCUAUAAAGUGAAGAAGAUUCCAAACACAAUUGAGAAUGAAUUGACUGGAUAAACCCAGCAUUUAAAAAAUAUUUACUAUUUAAAAUGUUAGAAUGCUUAGUAAUCAAAUAUUUAAAGUAGCAUUUUUUGAUCAAAUUAUUUUAAUUUCAAUGCUUUAUGUGACUCAAUAUAAUGGUAAAUGAUGGUUAUUAUACUGCUCGUUUUCAAGAAGCCUUAAUAAGUGUGAAGUUGGGAUUACCUUGGCAGUUUUGCCAUUGUUAUUAAUAUCAUGAAACAUUUGUAACUCAGUUUUAAAUAUAUUAUCAAUACAUGA